AUGACCCCAGAAGUUGAAAAACCAGAAGAGGAUGAUAGGGAGGAUGCCGAAUCCAGCGAAAAGGAAAGCCAGAACCGAAAAAAGCACGGCAAACCACUCCUAGAGAAGCAACCCCAAGAACAGGAAACGUUGCUCAAGAUGCAGGACCAAAUUGAUGGGUUGAUGAAACAUAUCAAAGCACAAACUCCUGCCACGGUAGAAGAGUUGGUGCAGAAUACGGAUUCACCCUUCACAUCUAAGGUCAUGGGGCUGCCACUCCCCAGGAAAUUCAAAAUGUCUCAGCUGGAGACAUUCAAUGGUUCCACGGACCCAUUGGAUCAUCUAGAAACAUACAAAUCCCUAAUGCACCUACAAGCAGUACCGGAUGAGGUAAUGUGUCGUGCAUUCCAUGUUACCCUCAAAGGAAGUGCUCGGGCAUGGUUUAACAAACUCCCCCCAGGAAGCAUACGUAGUUUCAAAGAGCUUAGCACUAGCUUUGUAAGCUACUUUAUUGCUGGCCAACGCUACGGCAAACCAACAACGCACCUCUUGACAGUGAAGCAGGGGAGAUGGGAGUCGUUAAGGGAAUAUACCACCAGGUUUAACAAAGAGGUGGUUCAGAUAGAAGAAGCCAACGAUAGUGUGAGCAUAACUGCGUAUAUAGCUGGACUGUAUUCAGGACAGUUUCUAUACCUUCUAUCUCAAGAACUGCCCAAGACCCUGGCAGAAUUUAUGCUUAGGGCACAAAAGCACAUGAAUGCAGAGGAGGCCGUCUACGCAAGGCAUUCCCGUGACAGUUUUGAUCCCCAUGCAGGGCCAUCACAGGUUGGCGAAUUUCCUCCAUCCGAUAGGAAAAGAAGAGAAUCCACCCGCAAGACGGGAGGGGAACCAAAAAACAAGAAGAUGGACUCCAGAUCCUCCCCAAAACGAGGAGGAGGACCACCCCAAGGCAAAUACAAGCAGUUUACACCACUUAUAGCCACGACAGAACAAAUCCUCAGCAACUUUCAAAAUGAUCCGGACCUCAAAUGGCCCAGAAAGCUAAGGACUGAUCCUAAUAGGAGAGCUAAAGACAAAUACUGCAGGUUCCAUAGAGACCAUGGUCACAACACGGAUGACUGCAUUGAUUUAAAACAACAGAUCGAGGAACUGAUCCAAAGAGGCAGACUUCAACAUUUUGUAACGAAGAAGUAUCAGAAGAUAUCCAUGAGGGAUGAUACAAGCAAAGAAGGAAAAGAUGCCAUGGCUCCCCGAUCAGGUCCUAUUGGAGAGAUCAAAGUCAUCCAUGGAGGACUCGCCGGAGGUGGAGAAUCUAGCAAUGCUAGGAAAGCUCACCUCAGGAAAUUGAGAACAGAGGAAUAUUUGGAGGUCAACACAGUUAGCCGUCCAAAAGAAGACAUCAAGGGGACUCAAGUUCCUCAUGAUGACGCACUGGUUAUAACCAUUGCGGUGGCCAACUACCUCAUAAGAAGAGUAUUAAUAGACAGUGGAAGCUCGGCCGAUAUUCUCUACCUCCAUGCAUAUGAUCAACUAAAAGUUGGACGAGAAAGACUAAGGCCUUUGAUAUCACCGCUGGUUGGAUUUGCAGGUACGCCCGUCUAUCCAGCUGGUCAAAUAGCCCUACCAGUCACAAUGGGGGACGAAGGAAGUCAGAUUACGCGAAUGAUAGAUUUCAUAGUAGUCAAUUGCCCUUCAGCAUAUAAUGCGAUACUGGGGAGGACGACCUUAAAUAAAAUUGGGGCAAUAAUCUCCACGUAUCAUCUGAUGAUGAAAUUCCUAACACCGGAAGGAAUUGGUUGCAUCAAGGGAGAUCAAAAGGCAGCAUGA